AGCUGAAAUCUUUUUUUUCUUUUUUUCACCCAUUAAAAUCUAACUCCACAGUAUAUAUUUCUUUUUUCUUUUUCUUUUUUUUGUUUAUUUACAGACCGCUUAUAUACUGUCUGAUUUCUUCUGCUUAUCAUCCCUUCAUUACACCACUGUUUAUUUCCAAUCCGUAUCCACAUCCAAUCCAAUUAUUAUAAUAAUAUAGUAAUAAAUACUAAUUAUAAUAAUAAUAAUAAUCAUUAUUUGAUUGAUUAUUUUGUUUUCUCUGAGAAAAAUAAAGAGAAAGAAAGAGAUGGGAGUAUGUGGAUCGAAAGUAAAAGGAUGUGUGCCUGUUGGAUUACAUCAUCAUCAUCAUCAUCAUAAAAAACAUAAAGAUAAUAUUAAUAAUAAUAAUAAUAGUGAAAUUGCACCUAAAAUUAAUAAUAAUAAUAAUAAUGUUAGAAAAAAAAGAAGGAGACGAAUUGGUAGGAAAUCGAGUAAUAAAGGUGAUAGUAAUGUAAAUAAGUAUGCAGGUAACCGGAAUAAUAAAGUCGAUCCCGCUGCGAUUUCUUCGAAUUCGUUGGAUCGUCGGUCGUAUCGUAAUCCUACAUUUCUUCAUGGAAAUUCAGAUACUUGGUAUGAUACUCCAGAUGGGACCGAUUCUGAUGGUGAUGAAGAUUUCUACAGCACUCAAGAUGAUAUUAUAUCUCAAAACGGCUCUGUUAGUUCAUCAGUAACUCCAAGAUUUUCUGAUCAUGUCAACGGUGCUCCCUUUUACUCCGCCUCUAAUUCACUAAUAAAACCAAGUGAAGCACCGCCAUCUUCCGUUGAUGGAACAUCUACUGUAUACGGCAAUGGGACACACAGUCUUGGAGUUCUACAAAAUAAUUGUCUUCCGUGUCUUACAUGCACCACCUCCACAGAUGUAAAGAGUAAAUCGCCGUGCUCAAGCCCUCCAAGUGCGAAGAAGAAAGUUACUUCUAUGCUUUCCUUUAAAUGGAGGGAAAGCCAGUCCAAUCUUUCAAUGUUCUCUCCCAAAGCUGUGCUUCAAAGACCAAUAGCGGGCUCUCAAGUUCCUUGCUGUCCUAUUGACAAAAAAAUGUCUGAUUGCUGGUCACCACUUGAGCCAAGUACUUUUAAAGUCCGGGGACAUAAUUAUAUGAGAGAUAAAAAGAAAGAGAACGCUUCAAAUCUUGCUGCUUUCUACCCUAUUGGCAUGGAUGUAUUCUUAUCUCCACGCAAAAUUGAUCAUAUUGCACGUCUUCUUGAACUUCCAACUGUUGAAACAUCGGGAAAAGUCCCCUCUUUACUUAUUGUAAAUCUUCAGAUACCACUCUACCCCCCUGCACUAUUUCAAUCUGAAUACGAUGGAGAAGGAAUGAGCUUCGUUUUUUACUUCAAGCUCUCCGAAAAUUAUGAGGAUCUUCCACUCCAUUUUCAAGAAAAUAUCAGGAAAAUGAUUGAUGAUGAGGUGGAACGGGUUAAAGGUUUUCCUGUCGAUUCAAUUGCACCGUGCAGGGAAAGAUUAAAGAUCUUGGGGCGAGUGACCAACUUAGAGGAUCUUCAAUUAAGUACAACGGAAAAGAAGCUGAUGAAUGCUUACAACGAAAAGCCUGUCCUUUCUCGUCCCCAACAUGAAUUCUAUCUGGGCGAAAAUUACUUUGAGAUCGAUUUGGACAUGCACAGAUUUAGUUACAUCUCUAGAAAAGGUUUUGGAGCAUUUCAAGAUCGGUUGAAGAAUUGUACCCUCGAUUUUGGCCUCACCAUCCAGGGCACCAAGGCUGAAGAAUUGCCAGAAUGCAUUUUAUGCUGCAUCCAUUUGAAAGAAAUUAAUUACAAUAAUUACAACCUCCUUGGACAUUGAACCGGAUUACAUUUUGGCCCAUAAAAGCUCAAGAGGGCCAUGGAUUAUUUUAUUUGCUACAUGAGUAUAUUAUAAUAAAAUUGGUAUAGAGAAUUAUGUACAACUUCUAAGUUAGAUUUUAGAAUGCAGCUGAUCGGAAUAAUGUUCAAGUUUUCUUUUUGAUCUA